AUGCUGGUUGGGGAACAUAUUCUGGUCUCUAAUACCAUCGGAGAAAAUCUAGGCAGCAAGGCUCAUGGUAUUACAACUCGCCCAUUCAGCUUGGACCAGGUCCCAGACCUAACGGGGAAGGUUGCCGUAGUCACAGGCGGGAGCGAAGGCAUCGGCUAUGGUUGUACCUAUACACUGCUGAAGCAUAACAUUGCCAAAGUCUAUAUCCUUUCCCUAUCCGAAGAUGCCGUGAAGGGCGCUAAGGAAGCCAUCGCAAAGGAACUAGGUCAACCAGUAGCAGAUAGGACUCGGUGGAUGCAUUGCGACCUAUCGGAUUGGAGAAGAGUGAAGGGGGUUGCGGAGGAGAUCAUGGAAGAUACUAAUAGCCUCGACAUCCUGAUCAACAAUGCAGGGCGAGGGAUCAUGACUUACCAGCUCACCGAAUACGGUGUCGAUAGACACAUGGCUGUUAAUCAUUUUGGCCCUGUGAUUCUCACAUCUUGCUUGCUUCCGUUAAUGAAGCGAACAGCAGAGAAGGGUGAUUUUGUUCGCAUAUCGAACCAGGCAAGCAACGUGCAUCACGCGACGCCUAACGACACAGAGUUUGCGAGCUUGGAAGAGUUGAACCGCGACAUUGGCCCAAAUGCCCUAUACGGACGGAGCAAACUUGCUGCUAUCUUGUACUCCAGAUACCUGGCGAGAAAGGUAACGAACGCGGGUCACCCCAACGUGCUCAUAAAUGCAACCCAUCCGGGUUUCGUCAGUACGAACAUGAGCAAAAAGGAUAUCUUCGAGCCGUUCCCUUUAGGAGGAUACGCCAUGGCAGUUGGCAUCGAGCCAUUUAAAAAGGAUCAGUUCCAAGGAGCUGUAUCAACCAUGUUUGCCGCGACGUACACACAGAAAUCAAGCCAGUACAUUUGCCCACCAGCUGUGCCGGAACCGGGAAAUAAGCAGGCGCAGGACGACGCACUCGGAGAUAGGCUGAUGAAAUUGACCUGGGAAGUGGUGAUGGAUAAGAUGAAAGACGAAGGUAUUGAACAGCUUCGUCCCUUUUUUUAGUUCCUUGUGGGGCGGUGUUGAAUAACGCGGAUGCCAAACUUGAUUGUGAUAAGAAGAUGUCGAUGUUAAGGUAGAACAGUACCUGAAGGUUCUAAAUAAUGCAAAAAGGAUACCUAAUCACGAUACAUAAAUCAAGCUUGGCCAGGUGGAUGCCUAUGUAGGUAGGUACCUAAGUACCGGUACGUGAUCGGAGGUACUUCGUACCUACCUUACCUCUUCAGCACCUUUUCACUAAAAAAGGAAAGCGGUAAGAUGAUUUUACCGAUACUGCCCACGUACCC